CGCGCACGCGCGGCUCGGCGGCGCUGUGGAGAGCGGCCGGGCGCGGGCCCGCCGGGCGACGCGGCGGUUUGAAGACGUCUGUGGCUUCGCCGUGCAGAGCCCGCCGGCUCCCCGUGCACACGUCUGGGUAGCGGCUCUAUGCUGGGGUCCUGGCGCGGCCGUGCGGAGCGGGGCGCAGCCGAGGAGGCGGCGGACGGAGCGGCCAGGACAUGCAUCACUUUGAGGAAGAACUAACUUGUUCUAUUUGCUACAGCAUAUUUGAAGAUCCACGCGUUCUGCCCUGUUCCCACACGUUCUGUAGGAAUUGUCUGGAAAACGUCAUUCAGCUGUCGAGCAACUUUUCUAUCUGGAGACCCCUGAGAAUUUCUCUGAAGUGCCCGAACUGCAGGAGCGUUGUGGAAAUUCCUGCUGAUGGUACAGAAUCGUUGCCUAUCAACUUUGCACUGAAGGCUAUUAUUGAAAAAUGCCAACAGGAGGAUCACUCUGAUGUUGCAACCUGCAGUGAACACUACAGGCAACCACUAAACGUUUACUGCCUUUUGGAUAGAAAAUUGGUGUGUGGCCACUGCCUUACGAUAGGAAAACACAAUGGUCAUCCUAUUGAUGACCUUCAGAGUGCCUACACAAAAGAAAAGGAGACUUUUGGAAAACUUCUUGAGCAGCUGACUGAUAAACACUGGACUGAUGUCUGCCUGCUUAUUGAAAAGCUGAAAGAACAGAAGUCUCAAUGUGAAAGCAUUGUCCAGGAUGAUAGAAAAGCAGUAGUACAGUAUUUUAAGAAACUUGGCGAGAUCUUGGAGCACAAAAAACAGGCUCUGCUGACAGCACUGGAUGAAAUGAACGCACACAUUUUGGAAGAGUAUGAGCCUCUCAUUGAGAAGCUGAAGAAAAUAAGGGAAGAACAGCUUGAAUUAAUGUCCCUGCAUACCUCUAUUAAAAAAGAGGAGUCCCCGCUUAUUUUUCUUGAGAAGGUGAAUGGUCUACAUCAGCGUAUAAAAGCUCUGAAACAGAAGGAACUCCCAGAUGUUAAACCUGUGGAGAUUCACCCCAGGAUUGGGCACCUGUUAAAAGAUGUGUGGUCCAAAACCAAAAUUGGUCAGAUCAACAAGAUCCUCACUCCAGAAAUAAAACUGAUUCCAAAAGAGAAGUUCUGCAGCAAAGGCAGCGGAAAGGAAGGAGGAGACUCAGAAGAACUCCUUCAGCCAGUAAAUCCUUUUGCAGUCCUGCUUCUCUUGAUGAUGAUGAUAGCGUUAACUCUGUUUUCAUUUCACAGGCCAGUGUUGUCGGUUGUAAUUGAAGAUAUUCGCACUUAUAUUUCAGAAUUCCUGCUGCUUAUUUAUCGAGAUUUUGUCACUCGUUUGCAGAAUACGGUGGAUAUGCUGGACCAUAUGUUUAAUUUACUGAUGGGAAAUUUUAGGGAGAACUGUUUCUUUUGACUAUCUCAAUGAUUACUUAGAAGCUGGUUUGUUAAAGCGUUACACUUUUCCUUUAUAUUUCCAUAUCCUUCCUUUUUUCUGUAUCGUAUAGAUUUCCUCUUUGCUAACUCUUAACUUUGAAGAUUUGCAACAGAAAAGGCUUCUGCUGAUGCAGUUACAGUAGGUUGGUAGGUGUUUGUUUGAACUGGAAGGUACUCAGUGGCUGCAAAGAGCUGUGGUUGGCUUCAGACGGUAACCCUGAGUCCUGUUUGUAAGAGCUCCUUGAAAAUCUAACAGCUUUUUUUUGAAACUUUUUUUUUUCCCUUCUGUUUUUUGUUUUUUUGUUUUUAAUAAAAGCACUACAAGGCUAAAGGUUAGAAGGAGACCUCAGCCACUGGCUCUGGUAUGUGUAAAAUUCCUAUUUUGUAUUUUACUGAGCACUCUCUGACUGUUUUACAUGACGCAUCCAUGGUCAUUAAAGCGCGUAUUCAUGGCCCAGGGCUUCAUUUUCUUUGUUCCUGGUUAUUGGUGAAGAACAUGGUUUCAUCUUUGUUUUGUUUGGGGUUUUUUUUAACCUGUGCACAAUAACUGCAUGUCUUUCAGAUGGUUUGUGCCUCUUUACAGAGCAGUAUUGAUAGAAAUUCUGGUGAAAUACUGCAGUUUUUUAGCACCAGCUACGUGCAAAUCAUGUGUUUGCUCAGGCUGGCAGGAACCUCUCACCACUCUCAAAAAUGAGCCCCGGCUUUGUGCUAAAUCAUUUCAGAUGUGGU